AAGCAGUGUUAAAUAAAUAAAGUAAAUAAGCGACUUUCGCAAUUGGCCAAAAUAAAAAAUAAGCACGCGAAUUAAAGCAGCAAAGCGGAGGCCAUAAGAAUGCAUAAACUACUCCGCGGCGUUGCAUGCCAGCAUGCCGCCAGCUGCGGAGCCAUAGCACGUCGCCAGCUGGGCUGUCGUCUGGUGUCGACCGCUCAGGAUGCGGCCGAUGAGCAGGUGUUGAGAAAGCGUAAGUUCCAGCCACAACAGGCCGUGGAGCCCGAUGAGCAGCCCACUGUGCAGCUGCCGAGCAAGGCAAGUGUUGUGGUAUGCGGCGGCGGCAUAACAGGCGCAUCCGUAGCCUAUCAUCUGGGCCUGGCCGGCUGGGGCGGUGAAACGCUGCUCAUUGAGCAGGACGGCGUGGGCGGUGAGCUGCCGUGGAGCGCAUGUGGCUUGGCUGGGCGUUUCGAGCCGAGCUAUACGGAGCUUAAGCUGGCAGAAUACUCCAUAGAUCUGAUCAAGAAGCUAACGCAACGUGGACUGCCCACAGGCUUUCGUCAGGUGGGCAGCCUGAAUCUAGCGCGCAACUUUGAUCGCAUGACUUCGUUUCAUCGCAUGAAAUCGCUGGCAGUGGCCUGGGGCAUGAACUGUGAGAUUUUAACGCCAGAGCAAUGCCAACAGCGCUGUCCGCUCAUCUCGCUGGAGGGCAUUGAGGGUGGCCUGUGGAUACCCGAGGACGGUGUAUGCGAUCCGCGCCAGGUAUGUUUGACCUUUAUAGAUGAGGCCCGUCGCCUGGGCGUGCGUGUUAUCGAUCACUGUGCGGUAAAGAAAAUACACACGGAACAUGGCAAAGUGGCGCGCGUGGAGACGACAGCGGGCGAUUUGGACUGCGAUUACUUUGUCAAUUGCACUGGCUUUUGGGCGCGCGAGGUGGGCACGCUGUCCAAGCCGGUGGUGAAGGUGCCGCUCAAGGCGGUGGAGCAUCAUUAUCUGCACACAAAGCCCAUAGCAGAUCUGGAUCCCAACACGCCCUUUGUGCGCGACUUUGACGGACGCAUAUUCUUUCGCGAAUGCGAGGGACACAUACUUGCCGGCGGCUACGAGCGCGAGGCCAAGAUGGUCUACGAAGAUGGCAUUGUGCCGCUCUCGCAGGAGGCGCGACAAUAUCCACCGGACUGGGAUCACUUUCACGAGCUGCUCGAUGCGCUGCUGCAGCGUGCGCCCUCGUUUCGCGAGGCUUCGCUGGAUCGCUUGACCAACUCGCUGCAGGUCUUCUCGCCCGACUGCAAAUGGAUUUUGGGCGAGGCGCCCGAAAUUCAAAACUAUUAUGUGGCCGCGGGCAACAAGACGAUGGGCGUGUCCGCUUCAGGCGGCAUUGGACGCGUGCUCACCGAUCUCAUUACGAAAGGCUCCACCUAUUUGGAUUUGCAUAUUCUUGACAUCAAUCGCUUUCUGGGCCUGCACAAUAAUCGCAAAUUUCUGCGCGAUCGCUGCAAGGAGGCGCCCGGCAAACACUUUGAAAUCAACUAUCCGUUCGAAGAGUUUCAAACAGGACGCAAUCUGCGCAUGUCGCCCAUCUAUCCGCAGUUGAAAGAGGCGGGCGCUGUAUUUGGCCAGUCCAUGGGCUACGAGCGACCCAACUACUUUGAUCUGCACGACAAACAGGAUGAGUUUGGACUGCCGCGUUUUCGCAUCGCUCAGACGCGCACCUUUGGCAAGCCGCCCUGGUUUGACCAUGUGGCCGCGGAGUACAAGGCGUGCCGCGAGCGCAUAGGCAUUGCCGACUACAGCUCGUUCACCAAGUACGACUUUUGGUCCAAGGGCAAUGAGGUGGUUGAGCUGCUGCAGUAUCUCUGCUCCAAUGAUGUGGACGUUGCCGUGGGCUCCAUUAUACACACGGGCAUGCAGAAUCACAAUGGCGGCUAUGAAAACGAUUGCUCGCUAGCGCGUCUGUCUGAGCGUCACUAUAUGAUGAUUGCGCCCACCAUACAACAGACGAGAUCCAUGUGCUGGAUACGCAAGCAUAUGCCAGCGCAUCUGCGCCCCAAGGUCAAUGUGGCGGAUGUGACAUCAAUGUAUACGGCCAUCUGCAUACUCGGACCCUAUUCGCGCAUCCUGCUCUCGGAGCUCACAGACACUGAUCUCACACCCAAGAGCUUUCCCUUCUUUACGUACAAGGAGCUGGAUGUGGGCCUGGCCGAUGGCAUACGCGUGCUAAACAUAACGCACACUGGCGAGCUGGGCUACGUGCUCUAUAUACCCAAUGAGUAUGCCCUUCAUGUCUACGAGCGUCUCUACCAGGCGGGUCAGAAGUUCAACAUACAGCAUGCAGGUUACUAUGCAACGCGCGCGUUGCGCAUUGAGAAGUUCUAUGCAUUCUGGGGGCAGGAUCUGGAUACGUUUACCACGCCGCUGGAGUGCGGGCGUAGCUGGCGCGUCAAGUUCAAUAAACCGAUUGACUUCAUUGGCCGCAGUGCGCUGCUGAAGCAGCGGGAGGAGGGCGUUCGUCGGAUGUAUGUGCAGCUGCUGUUGAACGAUCACGAUCAUGAGGUGGACAUGUGGUGCUGGGGCGGUGAGCCGAUUUAUCGCGAUGGCGUCUAUGUGGGCAUGACCACAACCACUGGCUAUGGCUAUACGUUUGAGAAGCAGGUCUGCCUGGGAUUUGUGCGCAAUAUCGAUGCACAGGGCAAUGAGCUGCCCGUAAGCAAUGAGUACGUGCUGUCCGGACACUAUGAGGUGGAGGUGGCUGGUGUGCGCUUUGAGGCCAAGGUCAAUCUGCAUUCACCCAACCUGCCCACCAAGUUUCCGGAUCGCGAGCGUGAGGCCUACCAUGCGACGCGCGACAAACCUGACCAGGCAGAUCUGCUCUCGUUUAGUCCAAGCCUAACGAUGACGCCACAGUGAGCCGUCCACACAACACACACACACACACACACACACUUGUUUGUUAUUGUUGUUGGUUGUUUGUACGUUUGAGUCUCAAUUGCAAAGCGAUAUUAGUUUAAAAGGAUGAAAGUUCAGCUGAGUGAGAAAAACAUUGUUUGCUCAAUAUACACACAUAUACAUACACAUAUAUAUAUAUUUAUAUACACCACACAUACACACACAU